GUCACCAGCAUAACUAAAAUGGAUUGUAACAAAGACGAGGCCAUUAGAGCUAAAGAGCUCGCUGAGAAAAAACUUGCGGAGAUGGAUGCUGUUGGUGCCAAAAGAUUUUCUUUGAAGGCUCAAAACUUGUAUCCCGAGCUUGAUGGUCUUCCUCAGUUGCUUGCAACUCUCGAUGUGUAUAUAUCCGAGGAUAAAAAGAUCAAUGGAGAAGUCGACUGGUACAGGGUGCUUGCUGUUCAACCAUUUGCUGACGAGGAUACAAUUCGGAAACAUUACAAGAAGAUGGCUCUUGUUCUUCAUCCCGACAAAAAAAAAUCUGUAGGUGCAGAUGGGGCUUUCAAAAUUCUAUCUGAAGCUUGGAAUCUGUUGUCUGAUAGAGCGAAGAGAAUUGCUUAUGACCAGAAACAGAACUUGAGGGGCAGUUAUACUAAUGUUUCGCAUGGGAAAUCAUCUUCAUCGGCGACUACAAGCCGUAACGGUUUCCAUAAUUUCUCCGAAAAGAAUAUUUCAAACACCAGUGUUCGUAACAGUGCUACUUAUUCCAAGCCUGCUCCUCGCACAGUGAAAAAUGAUACCUUUUGGACGACCUGCAAUGCCUGUAAGAUGCAUUUUGAAUACUCUCGGGUUUACGUCAACUUAAAUCUUCCCUGCAUCAAUUGUCGCACACCCUUUUUGGCUGUUGAGACACCAGCCCCGAAUAUAAAUGCCAGUAGCAAGUAUACUUCAUUUUCCGAAUUCAUGCAGCAACAAAAGUUUCACCAGGUUCAUAAUGCCGGACAGGCUAGAUUUUCUGGUUUAUGUACAAAAAUUUCUCAAAAAGGCGUGUUCCCUAGACCAGGAAGUAGCAUAAAUGUGUCUUCACCGGUUUCUUCCACCGCUGAAGCUUCUGGUGUUACUCGUUCAGCCGGUGAAACAUUAAAGAGUAGACACAACGAAUUACAGACUGAUAUCACGAGAGAAGAAAACUUGCACAAGAUAUUUCAUCCUUCUCAUAAAACCAACGCAGGUUUAGGUACCGGGUCCUCGGCUUCUGUUUCUAUUUUUGCGGCAAAGAAACAAAGACCUAAGAAGAGGCAGAUAGAUGAAAUCAAGAUGGGAAACCACUCGUCCAUGGGAAAUGAAGGGGUUAGUGUUUCUAGUUUUCAAAAGAGUGGUUUCGAAAAUACUGCCGGAAUCUCUAGAACUAAUAGCAUAAAGCAGCCUUCACAGCUGGAAAUACGGAAUAUUCUGAUGGAAUUGGCUAAGAAAGACAUCAACAAGAAACUAAAUUCAUGGAAACUGGCUUCUCUAUCAGCCGCUUCGAAUAAACCAAAGGCUUUUGGUGAGGGGAUCAAUGAUAAGGAUGAAGGAAAUGGAAAAGAUGCUAUAAGUAUGAAAUCUGGUGCACAUGAAACCAUGAAGUAUGUUGAUAUCAAGUCUAGCAUUCAGCCCAAAAGUUCUUACAUUGUUGAUUCUCAUGUUGAUCCUGCUACAAAGGAACCUGAUCCAAUGUCCGUGAAUGUUCCAGAUCCCGAUUUUCAUGAUUUUGACCGGGAUCGUACUGAAAAGUCAUUCGGCGAGAACCAAGUUUGGGCUGCUUACGAUGAUGAUGAUGGGAUGCCACGUUAUUAUGCGAUGAUUCUUGGCGUGAUAUCAUUAAAACCUUUCAAAAUGUACAUGAGCAAUGCCGAACUGGCUCCACUUAACUGGAUCAAUUCGGGCUUUUACAAAACUAGUGGAGAUUUCUGGGUAGGCAAAUAUGAAGUUAAUUGGUCUCUCAAUUCAUUCUCGCACAAGGUGAAGUGGUCGAAAGGUCGGAGAGGAACAAUUCAAAUAUAUCCGAGGAAGGGAGAUGUUUGUGCUCUCCAUAGGAACUGGCCCACUGAUUGGAAUGAGCUUACACCUGAUGAAGUGAUACACAGAUGUGACAUGGUUGAGGUGCUCGAAGAUUACUAUGAGAAGACAGGCGUUGCUGUUGCUCCACUCAUUAAGGUGCCUGGGUUCAAGACGUUUCGGAAGCAUUCCGAACAGAGUUAAACACGGAUGAUUCCAAGAGAAGAUUUGUUUCGAUUUUCUCACCAGGUCCAUUCUUAUUUGCUCGCAGGUAAAGAAGGUUUAAAUGGUCCUAAGGGUUGCUUGGAGCUUGAUCCUGCAGCUACAUCAUUGGACCUUCUUCAGGUAUUAACUGAAUCUCAGGUGAAAGAAAUGGAAGUGAUCACCAAAACAGUUCAGGAAAGGAAACCAAAUAUUAGGGUAGAAUCUGCCGGACAAGCUGUUAUCGAAGAAGAGAAUGUAAAUAAGAAACCCCAGAUGCUUGUUUACGGUAGACGACAACAAAGAAAACGGGAAACCUAG